GGGAGACACCACCUAUUUCCCAGCUGAAGAUUGUUUGGUCCAGUCAGUUCUCACUGGGCUCAGCUAGAGGGACGCUGCUCCUGCACAUACCUGGUCCUGAGAUCCUACCAGAACCUGACCUUGAUCCAGAACCUGAUCUUGAUCCAAGUCUGGGCCAGAGCCGGACCAGAAUCCUUCAGGAAUAGAUCCAGGAACAGCAGCAGCUCGGUUCUGCUCUCACUUCCUGCUUGGUUCACUUUGGCUCCACUUUGAAUCGGAUCUGCAGCGACUCGGGUCGACCAGCAACUCUCAGAUCAGCGGGGGGGCGGAGCCAGCUGUCGCGCCAUGAUGCCUUGGGUGAUGAUCCUGAUGGUGAUGAUGAUGAAGAGAGACACUGCCUCGGCUGACAUCACCAAUGUAACUAGAACCAGCGGCGAGAAACUCAAGCUGUCGCCUGACCCUAGAACAAGGAGGAUGGGGACCGGACUGGAAUUCAGGUGGACCCACCCCCACUUGCUGCUGGACAACCGGAACACCAAGUGUCACCACGACCGCUGUGAGCUGCUGGAGGACGGGUCGCUGAGCUUCAGCAGAGUUCAGCCAGAGGACUCUGGAGUCUACACGCUGGAGGUCUACAACCAACAGGGGACGAGGCAACACAAGAAGGUGUUCCGCCUGCAGGUGGAAGAAGUCAACCAGUCCAGGACGACUGCCAUUGUCUGCUCGCUCCUCCUGUUGCUAAUCCUGCUGCUCCUCAUCAUCUCCUUCCUCCUGUGGAAGAGGAGGCUUCUCAGCUCCAGGACUUCAGGUGCAGCAGGUGAAAGGGAGACCCAGAUCUACAUGGAGAUGCGUGGUAACCAUGGCAACAAGGAUCAAGAGGAGGGGGAAAAGAAGGAGGAAGAACCUAUUUAUGUUCCCUGUUAUCCUGGAGUUCCUGCUGAGCCGGCCGAGAACAUCUAUGUCUGAUGGCCAAUCAGAGCGCUGCGCUGUGGGGCCGGCCAAACAGAGUGCUGCGCUGUGACGCAGGUCAAUCAGAACGCUGUGCUGCAGGGCCGGCCAAUCAGAACGCUGCGCUGUGGGGCUGGCCAGUCAGAAAGCUGCACUGUGGGGCCGGCCAAUCAGAACGCUGCGCUAUGGGGCUGGCCAAUCAGAACGCUGCGCUAUGGGGCUGGCCAAUCAGAACGCUGCGCUAUGGGGCUGGCCAAUCAGAACGCUGYGCUAUGGGGCUGGCCAAUCAG